UCCAUAAUCACGCUGACAGUCGUACACUGUAGUUGCCGAUUCUCCCCAAAGAGCUUCGAGCACUUCUCAAACUCGCUUUUACUUGAAACUCGCAAUCGGAAGAAAAACAAACUGUCUUGAUAAUAUCCUUUAUCAAUCGGAGUUAGUGUUUCGUGUGAUCUACAACUCAGUGAUUCCAUUUGGAUUUAUCAAACAUGCAGAUGCACGAGCAGAUCAUGAUCGUCGAUGGUCAGGAGCAACCCAUCUCGAGAACUUAUCAGUACCGCAAGGUGAUGAAACCAAUGCUUGAACGAAAACGCAGAGCGCGAAUCAACCGGUGUCUGGAUGAACUGAAAGACUUGAUGGUGACAGCUCUCGCAGGCGACGGUGAGAAUGUCGCGAAAUUGGAGAAGGCUGACAUCCUGGAGCUGACUGUUCGUCAUCUUCACAAACUCCAGAGACAGCAGAGACUUUCUGCCAAUCCAGUGAUUGAUGCUGACCGAUUCCGUGCUGGAUACACCCACUGUGCAAAUGAAGUGAGCCGUUGUCUUGCAGCAACACCCGGUGUUGAUGUAGCUCUCGGCACCAAGUUGAUGACACACCUUGGUCACAAACUCAACUCCAUGGACAAAACUGGACCCUUGACCAUCCACGUGGCAGCACCUCAAACAUCACCAGUUUCCGACUGCAGUUCGGACGAGUACUCCAUGCCUUUGACACCGGCCUCGAGUCAACCUUCCCCUGUCAGAUCCGAAAUCGACUCCCAGACACAUCAGGGUCUUCUUCGGGUCGCGAAACCUAACGAGCCGGUCUGGAGACCUUGGUAAAUCUUCGAGAUAAAAAAACGGGAAUUUUCUUUGAAGAAACAUUGACAGUCGUCUAUGAGGAAGACAUCAGUGUGGCAAUUUGAAUCUGUGAUCUAGGAGGAAGUGCCCAACGAGAAAGUGUCAUCGAAAGUGAUGUAACUCGAAGUGUUGGGUUGUAAAUCAAAAUGACAAUCGUUUGUUAUAUAAGUGUAAAAAAAAUCGCGAGUAGAAGAAAAAAAAGAGAGCUAGACUUUGACUAUAAUUAAUGAAUAGUCUGUAAGUUGAUCCUAGGAUUUGCUCAAGGAAAACUUGCGGUUAAAUGAGAGAAAUAUUAGUAAGAUUCUUUUAUUUUGAUUUGUCAUCAUAUUAGUAUCAUUGUAGAAGAUAAAUAUGUACUGAGAUCUCGACACGUAUAACACGGUCCACGCAUAUGUUGGUAAAGCUUUAAUUUACUCGACAGUUAGGUUUUAUCUAUUGUUUAUUUCAUAUUUUUAUCGAGGAUUUAUUUUGUCAAUUUAGCGCGAAAAUUGUCGCGCAAUCAUUCCUCUUUUUUUCAACAUUGUAAUACCGACAAAGAUUCAAUUUUUGUUCACGUGCAACGGAUUACAGUAGGCGCGACACUUUUUCGUGCUAGGACGUUGUUAUUGUCGCCGGUCAAGAUUUGCAAGAUUUUUAGCAAGAGAGAGAGAGAUAGAUUGAAAAAAACUUUGCGUUUUUUGUAUGUUCUUGAUUGAGAAAAAAAUGACCGAGCGGAGCUCAUGUGAUAGAGAAACGUGUACCUGUGAUAUUUACUUGUAGUGUACAUAGUAAAUGGUACAAGAUUUUUUAAUAAUAAAAAAAACAAUUUUCCAUA